ACAGAGCAGUAUAUCGAACAACCUCGCCAACGUCGAAUCAAGCCGGUUUUAGGCCAACAACUUUUUCUUCGUCUUUAGAAACAACCGAAAUUAUGGCGGAAUCAGAGAGGACAGUAGUAGUAGCGAUGGACGGAAGUGAGAAUUCCGAUUUCGCCUUUGACUGGUACAUGAAGAAUGCGUACCACAAGGGGGAUCAUGUGAUCUUUGUUCACUGUCCAGAAUACCACACAGUGGUUCAGUCACCUAUGGUGAUGGCAGAUGUUACUGUGCUGACUGACAUGUGGAAAGAGGAAGAAAAAAGAAUCAAAGAAUUGCUGGAGAAACUAGGUCAGCAGAUGAAGGACCACGGGAUUGGCGGGAAGGUGAAGAGUAUCGGAGGCAGCCCAGGGGAGGUAAUCUGUCAGGUGGCAAAGGACGAGAACGCUGCGCUGAUCGUGACCGGGACCCGGGGGAUGGGGAAGAUCCGCCGUACCUUCCUCGGCAGCGUUAGCGACUACAUUCUGCACCACGCUCACGUCCCCGUGCUGGUCGUCAGACACAAGGAUGACCCCAAGAACUAGAGGUCACCCACCCCUCCCUGGGGCCUCCCACCCUCAAAUUCUCACGGAAACCAGUGUCAUCACGAGUAGCUCUCAUGGAUUCAAUUUUUACUUUUGACCCUUUAACUUACAAUUCACUGGUGUUCUUAUGCAAAUUAUGUCCAAAAUGCUUUUGUUAACUCUUUCAAAGAAAUGACUUUCUCUUUUGUAUACUUGAUUUAAACUGCUGAAAACUAUAGAAUCAAUAACCAGAUUUUGAAAUAUUUGUGAAAGUAAGGAAUUUUUAUGAAGAUAUGAACAAUUUUUUAUGUUCAUUUUAGACGUCUUACCUAAUAAGCAUCAUCAUUUUCCCUUACGCAUUGACUUUUGUACCGUUGAAUGGAUUUGUAAUUUUCUUGACAAACUUAGGUUUCACUGAUUGAUGUUUGUGUUUUUUUUUAUCUGAAGUGAAGUUGUGGAUUAGUUUUUUUGGCUGAAUCCCAAACAUAAACAGAGAACUGGGGGAGGAGAGGUCAAGGUCAUUGCAAAGAGAUGCCAUAAUCUUCAAGUAUUUUUAGUGCUACCCAAGUUUGUACCCAUAUGUAGUAUUUUUUUUUAUCAGAUGUAUAUUUCUUGUUAAAUCGUAUAAAGCAAAACCGAGUAAAAGGAUUCCAUUAAAAGAAAAUGUAAAACAUUGUAUAUUUGGAAGUUUAUUUAAAAUAAUAUGUACUAGUAGUUGUGUCAGUCAUUUCUUUUUUCAAAAUAUAUGUCAUUGGUGCAUGUAAUGCGUGAUAAAUGCCAUCAAAAGACCAAUAAAAUUCGAUAUCUUCUCUGUAAUCAGUAAAUAAACUGAAGUCAUAGAAA